AUGGCUCAAUGGGAUGAGCUGGGAAUGGAUAUCGCAUAUGAAGAGGCUCUUCUCGGCUACAAAGAGAACGGCGUCCCGAUUGGAGGAUGUUUAAUUAACAAUAAAGACGGUAAAAUAUUGGGUCGUGGUCAUAACAUGCGAUUCCAGGAAGGCAGUGCUACGUUGCACGGUGAAAUCUCGACUUUGGAGAACGCAGGUCGCAUGAAGGGCUCCGUUUACAAGGAUUGUACUCUGUACACGACGUUGUCGCCGUGCGACAUGUGUACCGGAGCCAUUUUACUAUAUGGCAUAAAACGGUGCGUUAUAGGCGAAAACGUCACAUUCAAGUCCCCCGGCGAAAGUUAUUUGGAAUCGAGGGGCUGUGAAACCAAAGUGGUUGACGAUAAACGGUGCAAGAGCAUCAUGCAGAAGUUUAUAGAAGAGAGGCCUCAAGAUUGGUACGAGGACAUUGGGGAGUAG